UGUAUAUAUAUAGAGUUCCACAAAUUACGCUACUCAUCAAUCGAAGCAUCAAAAUAUCGCAAUGCAAUCUCCAUAGCCAAAACUCUCCUUCAAUCCCAUCGCAAAAUUCCCCAAUUCGAUCGCAUUCGCAUCAGAUUCGCCAUGGAUUUCUGGCUGAGAGCUCGCGCAUUCGCGGAGGAGGCGGCGAGGAAAUCGCAGCAGCUAACGCAGGGGCUCGGCUCCACCAACUUCUCCGGCGUCGUCUCGGAGGCGUCGAGGCGAUCCAAGGAGCUGGCGGCGGAGGCGUCGAAGCUGUCGCAGGAGUUCGCCGCGGACGCUAUGAAGCGCGCCGACGAGAUCAAGGCUCACAUUCCUCCUCCCGCCGUGGUUCUCAACAAUCUCGUCGAUUCCGCUCAGAAGGCGGCCUACAGCCCCGCCGAUCUGGAGAUUUUCGGUGUCACAGAUGAGCUGAGGGAGUUUGUCAGAGGCAUUACGACGAAUGCUUUCCGUGAUUUCCCCCUUGAAGAUGAGUCAAAAGUAUCUCAUAUUCAUACCGUCUCAAAUGUUCGGCAAGAUCUCACAGAGUGGCAAGAAAGGCAUGCCAAUCUUGUUCUUUUGACAGUGAAGGAAAUCUCAAAGCUAAGGUAUCAACUAUGUCCACGUGUGAUGAAGGAAUGGAAGUUUUGGAAGAUCUAUUUCAUUCUUGUAAACAGUCAUGUGGCAGCAUAUGAGAAACACUAUAUGGAAGUUGUAAAGCUCAAGGCAGCUGAAAAUGUUACAGAUGCUGAGGUCGAGGGGACUUCAUCAAGUGUAAGAUCUGAAAGAGCAGAUGAGAUGUCAAAACCCAAAAGCAGUGCUCAGAAGUCAGCAUCCAUCGACAAGGAUCUGGAUGUAUUUCUUCUUGGAGACCUUGAUGACAAUGAUGAUGAUGGUCCAGAUGAUGGGCAUGAUGACUCAGAUGAUGAUGGCUUUGAAAAACUAUAACUAGGAGGAUGAUAAAGAAUCUCACGGACAUAAUAAUAUCGGUGCUUCUUUGAGAUGAGUAUCGAAAAUAUUCUAAGGUAAGGGCAGAAAUCACGAUGCUACACAUAAUUCAACUGUUCCAAAAUUUAUCAAACUAGUAAAUCCCAUCUCCUCUUUCGAUCUCAACAUCUCUACUUAAUAAUAUUGGGAUUAUUAAGGAUUGUUGGGAGGGGAGCUUGGGAUUUGAUAGUCGAUGUAAUCUGUAAUUCAUGCACAUCCUUGACCUAUUAUACGAGAGUUAUAGGUCGAAUUGUCCGCGUUUUUUGGCUGGUUCGUAGCACCUACAUUUAUCAUCACCAAAUUUACUAGGAAUAAUAAUAAUCUUAUUUCCAUCACAUUUUAAAAAAAAAUUAGUUAUGAAAUUAACAUCUAACGCAUUUAUGAUGGCCUGAAAUAAACAUGUGGGACUGCAGUAUACAUUGCUAUAAUCAUAGUCUCAUUCUUGUUCAGAUUCUAGGCUCUCUUGGUAAAAUUCACUACUUAUGUAGUUUUAGUAUUUAAAUAAAGGGCCUUUGGAAUGUGCAACUUUCCAGUACUAAAAAUGUUUCUCCAUAUUAGCUGAUGCAUGUGAUAUUCAUAAAUGAAUAGUUUCUCAAUUUAUGUUACUUUGAAUUCUAUCCUAGAAUGCUACUCCAUAUCCAGCUAGGUGUUGUUGUCCAUACCACCGUCGUAGAACCAUAUACGAUCCGAUAUCUGCAGUACGACUCUUUGUAAUUACAUCGGCUCAUGUAUAAGCAACAAUCUGUUUCAGGUUUAAACUGAUCUGAUCUUCUGUAACAUGGCCUGUUAAUUCUAUUAGAUUCGCUCGAGUUCUUCGCGUCGCCUUGUCGUGUGUUUGCGUAACUAUUCUUUGAAAUGUAGGCCGCGAUACCAGAUGAAAUCUACAGGUUGAAGGAAAAUGAUGAAUAUGUAUGCAGAAGGCGAUAUGAACAAAACAUUGAGGUGAAAGAUUGCUUUGAAAUGAUUUAAUGUUGACAUACCUUGUACGAGUAACGGUUUAUUGUUAAUCUCUCUGUUAUCGAUAGUAGAAAGUAAUUGUGUUA